AUGUCUUCCCUGAUAGCUGCCGCAUCGCUCACGACGGCGGCCUCGCUCUUCACAGGCCCGGAGGUAGCGACUAAUAACACACCUUUGGUCAAUGAUAGUGCGACAUUCCACCUGGCUCUUGACGGGUUGGUCCAGACACUGUCCACCCAAAAUGCACCUGAUAAAGGUCCCAUUAAAGGCUUAUUUUUUGUUCCUGGUCUCGACGCUCACGAUCCAUGCGUCAAUGCCACGGCUGAAUAUGUUCCCGCGAAUGUCACCCGCUUCGAGGACGUGAAAACACUCGGCUAUCACACCGUUGGACUUGCGCCGUGGAUAAGCGCUGACUGUACGCAGUCCUUCCUGCAUGCCUCUCGGCGUGUCGGAACCAAUGCGCUGGUCUUUUACAUACCCGGAAGCAAUGACACCAAGCCGCCGACGGAAGAUAGUUCGGUAUGGUCGUUGAGGGACAAGGAAUGGAAACGUCGGAAUAAGUACCCGGUCUAUGCGAUCCCUGGCCCGGCGGGUGCAACCAUCAUGCGCCAACUAUCAUAUUAUUCGGGGAAUUCGAGCCGCCCCUAUAAUGAGUCUACGGAAUUCUUACAGGAGGGGCAGGGCGAGACGCGAUUGUUUGCCCUCAUUAAUUUAGAUAGAGGUGGAAAGAAAAUGCCCAGUCUCUGGGGAUUCAUCCUCGCGAUCGUAGGAACGGUGCUAGUCCUCAGCGUGAUACUACUUCUCUGCUACCAGAUCGUGCAGAAGCGACGACGCGAGAGUCUGCAGCGUCGAAUUGAAGCGGGAGAGGCGGACAUCGAGCACCUGGGCCUGCACCAAUUAAAGGUCUCCCAGGAGGUGCUGGAUACGUUCCCCGUGUAUGCGUAUCCGGAUCUCGAAGCACUCAGCGACAGUGACACUCAGUCGAGAUCGGGCGAUGAUGGCUCCACUCACCAGCUGGACAAGGCUGAAGACGAGCCCGAGAAGACCGACACGGAGAGUGAAACUCGAAUACGGACAGACUCAGCUGUCCACAACGUCCAAGGGAGGGUGGAGAUCGGAGAGAAGGAGGUCUCGCCCAAUCAAGAAGAUGAUAUAUCGUCUAGCAGCCACCACCAAACACAAAGCACCGCACCGCCUCCUCGGAAUCGACUCAGUCACUCUCAAACGACCUGCGCAAUCUGCCUCGACGACUUUGUGCCCAACGUGGCGAUCGUGCGCGAGCUUCCAUGUGGGCACAUCUACCACGUCGAGUGCAUUGACACCUCUCUGGAGCAAAAUAGCAGUCUUUGCCCGUUGUGUAAGAAGAGCGUUGUACCGCCAGGGAGUUAUCCGGUCCCGGUGACGAAUCGCAUGGUACAUCUAGAUUUUAUGCUUCGGAGGACAACCCGAUAG